GGGAGAACUCGGUGGAACUUCAAAGUCACUGGGGAGGUCUGCCUUUCAGCCAAUGCCCCUGUCCCUGGGAGCCGAGAUGUGGGGCCCUGAAGCCUGGCUGCUGCUGCUGCUGUUCCUGGCAUCGCUUACAGGCCGAUGCCCGGCGGGGGAGCUGGAGACCUCCGACUUAGUGACCGUGGUGUUGGGCCAGGACGCAAAAUUGCCCUGCUUCUACCGAGGGGAUCCGGACGAGCAGGUGGGGCAAGUGGCAUGGGCUCGGGUGGACCCAAACGAGGGCACUCGGGAGCUGGCCUUACUGCACUCCAAAUACGGGCUUCAUGUGAGUCCCGCCUAUGAGGACCGCGUGGAGCAACCCCCGCCCCCACGAGACCCUCUGGACGGCUCUGUGCUCCUGCGCAACGCUGUGCAAGCAGAUGAGGGCGAGUACGAGUGCAGAGUCAGCACUUUCCCGGCCGGCAGCUUCCAGGCACGGAUGCGGCUCCGCGUUCUGGUACCUCCCCUGCCCUCACUGAACCCGGGCCCACCACUAGAAGAGGGCCAGGGCCUGACGUUGGCAGCCUCUUGCACUGCUGAGGGCAGCCCAGCUCCCAUUGUCACCUGGGACACAGAGGUCAAGGGCACACAGUCCAACCGCUCCUUCAAGCACUCUCGAUCAGCUGCCGUCACUUCAGAGUUUCACCUGGUGCCCAGCCGAAGCAUGAACGGGCAGCCGCUGACCUGUGUGGUGUCUCACCCUGGCCUGCUCCAGGACCGGAGGAUCACCCACACCCUCCAAGUGGCCUUCCUUGCAGAGGCCUCUGUGAGGGGCCUUGAGGACCAAAACUUAUGGCAUGUUGGCCGAGAAGGAGCUACACUCAAAUGCCUGAGUGAAGGACAGCCCCCGCCCUCAUACAACUGGACGCGGCUGGAUGGACCUCUGCCCAGUGGGGUGCGAGUGAAAGGGGACACUCUGGGCUUCCCGGCGCUGACUACGGAGCACAGUGGCAUCUAUGUCUGCCGCGUCAGCAAUGAUCUUGCUUCGAGGGAUUCUCAGGUCACCGUGGAAGUUCUUGCAGACCCUCAAGAUCCAGGAAAACAAGUGGACCUAGUGUCGGCCUCAGUGGUGGUCGUGGGUGUGAUUGCCGCGCUCUUGUUCUGCCUGCUGGUGGUGGUGGUGGUGCUCAUGUCCCGAUACCAUCGGCGGAAAGCACAGCAGAUGACCCAGAAAUAUGAGGAGGAGCUGACUUUGACCAGGGAGAAUUCCAUCCGGAGGCUGCAUUCUCAUCACACGGACCCGAGGAGCCAGCCGGAGGAGAGUGUAGGGCUGAGAGCGGAGGGCCACCCUGAUAGUCUCAAGGACAACAGUAGCUGCUCUGUGAUGAGUGAAGAGCCAGAGGGCCGUAGCUACUCCACGUUGACUACAGUGAGAGAGAUUGAAACACAGACUGAACUACUGUCUCCAGGCUCUGGGCAGACAGAGGAGGAGGAUCAGGAUGAAGGCAUCAAACAGGCCAUGAACCAUUUUGUUCAGGAGAACGGGACCCUGAGGGCCAAACCCACAGGCAAUGGCAUCUACAUCAACGGGCGAGGGCACUUGGUCUGACCCCGGCUGGCCUCCGUCCCCGGGCCUGCUCUCCUCUGCUUCCAUGGGAGAUUUCAACUCUUCUUAGGGCAACCCUCCUUAGCAUGCCUGCGUUUCUUUAGGCAGAUACUUCCCACCCACUGACUGCUCCACUUUUACCUCCAAUCCUUCUGUUCAUCAGGAGGGCUCCACUGGCUGAGUGCCUCCCACCGUUGUGUGUGUGUGUGUGUGUGUGUGUGUGUGUGCGUGUGAGCGUGCAUGGCACUCCACUGUAUGUGCACGGAGGCAUGACUGUCCAUGGCAUAUGGUGUGCAUUGUGCCGUCAUGUUAAGAGCCCACGUGAAUGGUGUGUGUGCCACAGGAUUUGUGGCUGUGUGCUGAACAUUGAUUGGGUGUAGCCUGUUAGUAGUGUGCUUCAUGUGUGUUCAUGUGUGACCUCUGCCUGCAGAUGCAGGUAUUUUCCUCAGACCCCAGAGCAGUAUUAGUGAUGCAGAGGUUGGAAGUGAGGCGUGGAGGCUGUGGGCCAGAUCCAGGUGUGCGGGCAUAGCUGGAGCUAGAGUCUGACCUCCAAAGUGGGGGAGCUGUGUUCCCACCCUUUGGGAGCAAGUGUGAAACAGACACCCAGGGGUCUGCCAGAGGCUUGAACUGUUACAGAAGCCCUCUACCCUCUGGUGGCCUGUGGGCUACCUGCUGCAUGGACAUACAUACCUUCUGUACAUUAACCUCCAAGGAGCCUCCUGAGUUCUGCUCAGUCUCCUUUAACUCGAGAAAAAGAAACUUUUUUUUCUUUUUCUUUUUCUUUCUUUCUUUCUUUUUUUUUUUUUUUUUUUUUGGUUUUUUGAGACAGGGUU